AUGUUGUUCCAGACACAACUCUCUUUCAUACCUCCACUGCUCCUUAUCCUCUCCUCCCAUCCAACACCAAUCACUGCUAUGCCACCCUCUCCCAAAUUCCGCCACUAUGACAUGAUUCCAAGGGGAGCAAACGCGACGAUAUGGGUCUGUGACGACGUUUUCUGGUCAGGUACCUGCACGGCCCACAGCUACGUAAUCGGAUCCGGGGCCUGCGAGCAGCUCGAUGGGAAAGCUUCCAGUCUCGGCCCUGACAAAGGAUAUCGCUGCGUUUUCUACAAGAACGGAUUGUGCCGUCAAUUGCAGCGUGAGGACGCGAUUACUAUGGUGUGGCCUGGAAUCGAUAAUCUACUCAUUACAGAGAGGGGAGACUAUAACGAUGCGCUUUACAGCUUCCAGUGCUUUGAGAACGAGGAAGCACCCGGAGACGAAGCUCACCGCCGUGAAGAAGAGGCACGUAGACGCGAGGAAGAAGCUCGCAGGCGUGAGAACGAGGAAGCACGCAGGCGUGACGAAGAAGCUCACAGACGUGAGAGUGAUGAUGCUUGCAAGCGUGAGGGCGAUGAGGCUCGCAAACUUGAAGACGAGGCACGCAGACGUGAAGACGACGAAGCACGUAGAUUGAAGGGCGGCAAGAUACGCAGACAUGAGGAAGAUCUAUGCAAACACGAGGGCGAAGAAGCACGUAGGCGCGAAGAUGAAGCACGCAAACUUGAGGGUGACAAGGAAGCUCGCAAGCUCGAGGGAGAUGAAGCACGUAAACGUGAGGGUGAAGAGGCAGCCCGCAUACUUGAGGACGAUGAAGCUCGCAAGCAAGAAGGCAACGAUGAAGCCCGCAAGCUUAAGGGCGAUGAAGCACGCAAGCGUGAAGGUGAAGAUGAAGCCCGCAGACGUGAGGGAGAAGAAGCUCGUAAGCGUGAGGGUGACGAAGAGGCACGCAGACACAACGACGACGAAGCUCGCAGGCUUCAGCACGAUGUGAAAGCCCGAAAACGUGAUGACGAUGAAGCCCGUAGACUUCAGAACGAUGAAGCUCGCAGACUUGAUAACGAUGGGGAAGCCCGCAAGCAUGAAGGGGUAGAAGCUCGAAAGCUAGAAGAAGAAGAGGCUCGCAAACGUAUGGAAGAGGAAGCUCGCAGACUUGAUAACGAUGAGGGAGCCCGCAGGCGUGAAGGGGCAGAAGCUCGAAAGCUUGAGGAAGGAGAGGAAGCCCGCAAACACAACGGCGAUGAAGCUCGCAGACUUGAGAACGCCGAGGGAGCCCGCAGGCGUGAAGGGGCAGAAGCUCGAAAGUUUGAAGAUGAAGAGGCUCGCAAACAUAUGGGAGAGGAAGCUCGCAGGCGCGAGAGCGACGACGAAGCCCGCAAACGAGAGGGACGGGACGCUCGUGAACGUGAUGGAGAGGAAGCUCGAAAGCUUGAUGGAGAGGAGGCUCGUAAGCUUGAUGGAGAGGAAGCUCGUAAGCGUGAGGGGGAAGCUCGUAAGCUUGAUGGAGAGGAAGCUCGUAAGCGUGAGGGGGAAGAUGCUCGCGAGCUUGAACGCGAUGAAGCUCGAAAGCUUGAUGGAGAGGAGGCUCGUAAGGCAGAGGAAGCUCGCAGGGCAGAGGAGGCUCGCAGGGCAGAGGAGGCUCGCAGGGCAGAAGGCAAGGAGCGCAAGCACCUGUGAUUCACGUACCUUCACUGCACCUUUUCCCCACACGAAUCUGCUCAAUGCUUUUUUUGGUGGAAAGGAGGUUACUCCAAUCGUAACCAGAUUCGUGGGAGUGAGAUAUUUGCGGAUUCAGGACACUCGUUUUGCUGAUCAAGCUGGUCAAAGGCAGAUCAACAUGGGGUUUACGAUUCUCUUUGUCGGGCGUCUAUGUAUUGUUUUGGUGCACGAUUUCGUCAUAUCUGAAUUAUCCUGGUAGCUUUCAAUGAAUGGUUGUGUCUCACAUGGAUGUGUUGCUCCAAAACAUCUACACUGCACC